AUGAUAAAAACUGAAAAUGACACACCUCCAAUGAUAGCAAUCAUUUUGUUGAUUGCAGAGUCAGGAGGAGUGCAGGAAAUAGAGACAGACGCUAAAGGUGAAUGUAGCCUAGCAGACGAAUCAGCUUUAGAACUGGGCAACAUUGGCAUACAGGUCGAAAAAUCGUUCUCUGACGCGCGAGAUAUAGAGUUUGCCUUGAAAGACGGACAGAUCUACCUGCUGCAAGCUCGACCAAUCACGUCCCUCAACAUGGAGUCAGAAUACGAGCUGAUGCAUGAGCAGGAUUCACCGCUGUUAAUUGAUGAUGAACUGUAUACAAACGCGAAUACCGGGGAGAUGAUGCCUCAGGCGAUGACACCUCUCACACUAGACGCAUUUGUCACUAACCUUGCCGGGAUGGGACAGAUCAUGCGGUGGCCAUCGGGAAUUUCUCAGGAUACGUACAUGGACGUGUUCGGAUCAACCUUCUGCAAACAUGUUUUUCUGAACAUGUACAGCGGAAUGUACUACGCGAAUGAGUACACAAUGGGAUCGGAUACAAAAGGCAUGAAGAAUACUAUAGAUAUUUUACUGUUUGGAGGCUGCACAGGAGACGAAUACUUGGAAGGAAUUCACAAGCGCUACCGAACCACCUAUGUCCCGUGGUACAGAAAGUUUUUAGGAGUUCUCUGUUUGUAUACAGCCUGGUACAGCCACAUUCAAGCCACGAAUGCAUCUAACAUAGCGAGUCAUAUUGUCACACAAGUUGUGAAGAAGAAAUACUCAGAAAGCUGCUAA